UGUCAAAAUGCUGGAUAACGUUAGAAGAGAUUGUUAUUACUCCUAAUUCAUUAUGUGAUUAGGUUACCACAUUUUUAGUUGAAAAAACGUUUGAAAUAUAAACUUUACGUGUUUGCAAAAGUCCGUGGUCUUAGACCCAGCAUGAGUUAUUUUUUGCGGCUUCAUUCAUAUUCAAGCUAGACAGACAGGUCCUACGAAUUUUAUUAUCUACUUUGUUCGCAUUUAAUAAGGGUUCUUCUCUUAUAACUUGAUGAACCAGAAAUCAUGAGAAAUUCUCAGAGAACAACUGAAGUAAGGCAGUACAACAAAUCUGAUCUUCCACGUUUGCGGUGGACGCCUGAGCUUCAUGAACACUUCGCUGCAGCUGUUGAACGCCUUGGUGGAAAAUAUAAAGCAACACCUAAGCGCAUCAUGCAGAUGAUGAAUGUAAAAGGACUGAAGAUUUCUCACAUCAAGAGCCAUCUACAGAUGUACAGAAGCACGAAGGACUGUAAUGACGAUGAUGAAAUCUUUGCGAAGGAGCAAUUGCGAGCACAAAGACGACAUUUCAGUGAUCAUGGAGCCUUCUCAAUUUGCUCCCCUCAGUCUCAAAGGCAAUUGGGAACCGGAUUGUUCACCGAUUUUGAAUGUAGACGCGAUAACAUUAGACACGAAUUAGCCUUUUCUGAGGUUUAUGGAGAUAUACAUGGGAAAAGAAGGAAUGAAGAAGCAUAUGGAAGCUUAGACGAAAUUUGUGAGCUCUCACUAUCUGUCACACCCAUGGAAGACAGAGAAUCUUGGCCUGGUACUGAUGGUCACAGCCAGUUAUCUACUUCUUCUAUAGAUAAUAAUUUUGCCAAUUUUCCACAUUUCCACUCUCAUCACUUAAACUUGGACCUUACCAUCUGAUUAAUUUUAAUUUACUUCUUAAUUUAGAAUUAGGACUUGGUUUUUUUUUUUUGGCGUACAUUAAUAUGAGGAUCCUCAAUGUAUCAAAUGUUAAAUAUAGUUUGUUGUACUACACAAUGAAUUACCAUUCUAUGUCAUAUAAAGACAUUAUAGAAAUGUAAUCUCGACAAAGAAUUAUGUAUAAGUCUUAUUUGAUCAA